GAAAGAUUCAAAAUGGCUGGAUACAAUGUGGUGAUGGACUAGCAGAUGCAUUAAUAAUUAGAGUCCAAAAUAUACCAGGCAAAAAGAUGAUUCAAAUUAACUGACAUACCAAGCAAUUAAUUAGUGAAAUCAGUCUUUGUUGACUCUUUCAAAGCCUUUCAGUUUGUCGACCUUAGUAUACUGUUAGGAAAAAGAGCGAUAUUAAGACAUGAGGUAUAAGCACUCCUGGUUCAAAGGCUAUUUGACUGAUAGUGUGUGUGUGUGUCUGUCCUAAAUUUGUAAUGAUGGUUUUGGUCCCUCAUCAGUCAUUGAGGGUGGUUGCCUAACUACAGAUAUAGCACAAAUAGAACGACUAACAAAACUCAAAGACGAUGACCAUUAUUAUUAUUUCUAUUAUUAUUAUUAUUAGUAGUAGUAGUAGUAUUGUAUCACGGUAUUUAAUAAUAGAGCCUCAACUUAUACUAGUCUUGCCUGAAAAUCUCUCGUUUUCUAUCAUUCUCCCAUCCUGCAGGCCUGAGCCCAGACCGAGACCCAGAGAAAUGUAAACAAACGCAGAGUCAGACUAUAUAUACGGGUGAAUUUGUUGCUUUUUAGAGCGGCAGUGGAUCUGUACAUGAGUGAGGUGGCGAGGGGCGUGGCCAGGGGGCGGCUAGCAGCGUGUGCCACCAGGGAAAUGUGUAUGAACAUAAUAAAAGGCGCCCGUCAAGAAAGGCACAGAUGCAGGGUGGUGAGGCAGUGUUCAUCCCAGGGGCACACCACACAGGGUCAGCAACACAGAUGGUGGUGGAGAGGCACCUGUGGGACGCCCAGGGGAACACCAAACACGACCUUGACAGACAGAAGAGCACACCCUUGACCUCCAUGUCCACCCAGCAGGAGGAAGAUCUGGACACCUGUUACUCCUCUGGUCCCUCCCUUUGCCUCGCUGGGCUGGCCAGGUCAGGGGAGGGGAGAGACCAUGCUCGCUUCUACGCAACGACCUUGAAGACGGGUCACGGCAUCCUCUUGUGGGUGGCUCAGGUGGUCAUGCCGGGACUCGACUUGACGGGGAGGCUUUCCUUUGAGACUGUGCUGCUGCAUGGCCUCCAGGGUGAUGGUGGCGGCCACAAGACGUCCAAGUCCUGGGGCAGUGUGAUAAACCCCCUGGAUGUCAUCAGUGGGGCGUCCCUGGAGGUGUGUGACUUGCCGGUGCUGUGUAUUCUGUACUGGUGUUCAUUGGGUGUGGUGAGCAGUACCUUGACAGCAGGUACUGUGCGAGAGGGUGGAGGGGACCCUGAAUGCGGAAGAGGUACUCGCUUGUCUCGUAUGAACUCCCCAACAGGCAUCCCAGAGUGUGGAGCUGAUGCCCUUCGCUCCACCCUGUGCUCCACCAACUUCAAGACCAUGGGUGCCUUGCCUCCUCGCACCACCACCACAAGCACCACCACUCCUGCCAUCACCUACAAGGGGGAGACUGUGAUGUGGCUGCAGGUGGAUAGGUUCGGAGGCCUCCAGAGAGCUGCCCAGAGUGAAGCUUGUGGUAUAGAGGGACAGCUGCUGAUUAUCAAGCUUAUGGAGUGACUGGAAGAAAGUGGGAGGAGCCUGGAAGGAGUGGUGGAGGUACAGUACUUGGAGAAAAUCCCUCCACCAUGACGACUGGGUGUCUGCUGUACAGUCCACCGACCAAUGGAAUUGCUGUCUGAGGUGUGUGUGUGUGUGUAGAAGCCACCAUCAUCAACCACAGCAGGUGAUAAUGAUGUUUCCUGCUUUCAUCCUCAUUGGGGCUAGCCAGACCAACUUGGGGCUGUACUGGGGUGACGCUGUGUGCCUCAGGUGUAUCUGGAGGGCUGAGAUAGUGAGAAGAUUACCUUGUUGUUGAUGUGCAGUCUUGCUAUGUGGGCGAUGAACACCUCUGGGACAUGACGAGCAGAUGCCCAUCCAGCACAGCUCAACUUGUAUGGAAUGUGGACCUGGACCAUCACAUGAAUGCCACUGCCUUUGAUAUGUGUUUGAUAUGGCUUCUAUUGCUUUCAAGUGACCAUCUGCCUCUGUGAAAUAUGGAAGAUCUUACAAGCUCAAGCAUGAGUAUUAAUGGUGAUAUGAGUGUGGUGUGUCUGAAUUAACUGUCAGAGUAUUGUAAAUAUUAUUACUUAGUCUUCCCAGUUAUGAAAUUAAGAACAGUUGUGAAGUUUGCUUUAAAACCCUUCAUUAACUUUGCCACAAAACACUUUUACAUGUUGUCAAAAGUGUGUAACUGUUAUGAAGUGUGUGUAUAUAUCAUUACUACAGAAGAAUCUGGAAUUUCCCCUCAGAUUACUUUAAUGAAUGAAGCUUGAGUUCACAGA